AUGUCUACCGCAGAUAUUCCCAAGAUUGAAGCAGGAAACCUGUUCAAUGUCAACGGCCUUGUAGCCGUCAUCACUGGCGGUGGCUCAGGACUCGGCCGUAUGAUGGCAAGAGCGCUGGCCGUCAAUGGAGCGUCAAAAGUCUUCAUUAUUGGCCGGCGUGAAAACAGCUUGAAAGAGACUGCCGAAUCCGUCCCUGGGGGCACCAUCAUUCCCCUGGUGGGAGACGUGACGUCGAAGGACUCGCUUCAACAAUGCUUUGAGAAGGUCAAGGCGCAGGUUGAUUUUGUCGAUGUCCUUGUGGCAAACAGCGGCAUCUCUGGCCCAUCCGUGCCAACCGUGGAUGCCAACCAGAGGCCUGUACCCUUCGAUGAUCUAGUCAAGAAUAUGUGGAAGCCUGAACCGGAGGAGGUCACGCAAACAUACGCCAUCAAUAUUACUGGUGUCCAUUUCACCAUCGCGGCAUUCCUCCCACUUCUGGGUGCGGCAAAUAAGAAGAGGCCUGCCCCAACAAAGGACAACUUCACACCCCGUCCUCAGAUCAUCACGACCGGGUCUAUUGGAGGAUUCAACCGCAAGCCUCUUGGUAAUCUCAGCUAUGGUGCCAGCAAGUCUGGGGUGAUGUUUCUGUCGAAACAGCUGGCGACGGCGCUUGUGGAAUACGACAUAAGAGUGAACACGAUCGCCCCGGGACUCUACUAUUCAGAAAUGACGCAUGGAAUGUACCAAGCUCAGGGAAAGACCGAGAUCCACAAUGUCGAGGGCACAUUCAGCAAAGAGCUCGUCCCUGCAACCAGAACCGGUGACGAGCAGGACAUGGCGGGAGUCAUCUUGUGGCUUUGCUCGCGAGCGGGUGCAUAUAUCAAUGGAUGUGUUGUGGUCACGGACGGUGGACGGCUGAGUGUUAUGCCUUCAGCAUAUUAG